AUGAACGGGGAGACUUUUCGUGAGUGGAUGGAGAGCAUUUUACCACAAUUAAAACCAAACUCCGUCAUUGUUAUGGAUAAUGCAUCCUACCACUCGGUAAAAUUUGAUAAAGCUCCGACGUCGACUACCCGAAAGGCGGAAAUUAUUAAGUGGCUGGAGGAUAAGGAAGAGGUCAUAGACAAACCUAUGGUUAUCCCGGAACUCCUCCAAAUUGUAAAACGACUAAAGCCACAACACGAAAAGUUUGUUAUUGAUGAACUGGCGAAAGCCAAUAACAAGAUAAUUUUAAGGCUGCCCCCGUACCACUACGAGCUAAAUCCGAUAGAAUUAGCUUGGUCAUCGGUCAAGAACCAUGUACGGAUGAACAACUCGUCGUACAAACUUGCCGAUGUAAAAAAAUUAUUGGUAGAGGGCGUAAACCGUGUGGACGCAGAAAUGUGGGGAAAUUUCAUAAGCCACCCAAUAAAAGAGAAAAACAAUUUUUAUGAAAUUGAUUUUAUAGUUGACGAAGUCUUGGCCGCGGAAAUAACAGAUUUGAGGCUGACUAUUACGGGUGACACGCCUUCUGAUUCAUACUCGAAUUAA